AUGGAAUGGGAGGACGAAGAGGGCGUGCCUGGCGGCAGCAGCAACGCGAAGCCCGGCCCGGACGCCCCCGCGGGGCCGCCCGGCUACAGCGUGGCGGUGGGCCCUCGGCAGACAGAGCGCCCCACGUCCCCCAAGACGUUCACGUGUAUCGUGUGCGCGCGCGAGGACGCCCUCCACCCGCGCAGCCCCGUCAUGGUGCUGCCGGUGGUGGUGCAGCGCUCGUCCGUCAUGUGCCGCAGCCCGUCCAUGCUGCCUUCCCACAAGCUCACGUACCUGCAUGGCUGGCAGGGCCCUGGAGUUCAUGUGAGCAGCUGCGGCCAUGCCAUGCAUCGCAACUGCUAUCUGAAGUGCUUAGAUGAAGGUGUGCGCCAGCUCCGGCGCCGUCCCGCACCUUGGGAACAGCCCCGUCCGAAGCCUGUGGUGAUAAACCGCUUCUACUGCCCACUCUGCCACUUCCCCAGCACCACAGUGAUGCCCUUGGUGCCACCGCUUGUCACUCUGCAUCCCACUGUCAAACGUGCGCAGUAUCUGGGCUUCGUAGAUUGGCUGGAGGGGCUGCGUAUCACCCUGAGAUUGAGCCACAUUGAGAGGCCCCGCCCUGUGGCACGUUUCUUUGGUUCACGGGCCACUAGAGCAAGGAAAUCUGGUAGUGGCAAAUCUACCUCUGCAGCUUCCACUUCCCGUACUUCUUUGGGACGUGGCCAGCAUGCCCUUAAGUUCAACAGAUGCAGCCUUAAACAGGUUAUAGCAGCAAUGGGCUGCAAUGGAGAUAAAUUUGCGUGGCUCUUUCCGGGCACACUUACUCCUGCUGCAAUAGUGCUGUCCAAGAACCUGCGUAAUAUGGUUGAUGCCUUCUCACUGAUUAUCUGUGCUAAAGGACUAGGCAAUCCUGUGGUGAUCUCUGACCGAAAAGUGUCACUAAUGAUGGCCAAGACUUGUGCUUACACAAUCCUUGCCCUAGAGAACGUACUCCGUGCUGAUAGGCGCCCUCUUGUGGGUGACUUGCCAAAACAUCAAGAGGUGUGCUGUGAUGGUUUGGUACGCCUGCUAAGUAUUCUAGGCAGCUCUUCUGCCAAGCCUCGAAAUUUUGGAAACAAUGCCUUAUUAAUGUUGAAAUACAUUUUGGAGGCUCCUUCUGAUGGACCUUGCUUGUUUGAAUGGGAUCCAUUUGGAAUGCUUGUUACAUUGAGUAGUUGUAUGCAAGCUCUCUUCCUCACUGACACACUUCCUCCGGUUCCCACAGGUGAUCUUCAGUCCCAUUACCUCCUGACAUUGCUUUUCAUUGCAAACUGUGUGAAGGCAAUGCUGACUUUUGAUUCCUCUAAUCUUCAAGAGGCAAUCAGUGUACAAAAUGGUGAACAUGAAAGGGCUCUUAAACCAUUAAUUACUUUAAUGAAAAUUGCCUUGACUGCUACGGGGAUUGCUCCAUAUCGAUUUAAGGUGCCUUCUGGGCGCCAGUUGUUGUCGCACAUAUAUGCUGCAUCAUUACCUUUCUUACGCUGUUGUGCCCUGUUCUUUCAUUUCCUGACAGGUGUGCCAGUCCCUGUUGCUUUGUCAGAAAGUCAGGUCAGUACACAUGAAACUCAGUUCAGUGAAUUGUGUGCGUACUUGGAUUUGCCUGUGAGGGUUUGUGAUCUUCUGGGCACGUCUGUUGCCCGUGAACUGGCACAAACAUGGUGUAAACACCCACGUGUCAAAGAAUUCCUGAUGGUUGACCGCUAUAAAUCCAUGUUGCGUUUACCUGCUCCUGUUAAACAACUUGUGCCCUUGCCUACCAAAUUCAGAGACCUGGUUGCAUAUGUAGCCUGGUUUGAAUGCCCAAUUGUAGACCGUGAAGGUACAUUCUGUCCCACAGUCUGUCUGGUAUGUAAAGAGAUUUUAUGCCUGAAGUGCCGUGGGAAUCAUGAUCGUCCUAAAGCACCACUGAGGAAAGGGCCAGGAGCAUGCACUCAGCAUGCUCGGAAUUGUGGUGCAGGGCUUGGCUUGUUUCUGCGUGUGCCUAAAUGUGAUGUGAUGGUGCUUGAUGCAUCUGGCCAAGGCUGCUUUCUGGCUGCCCCAUAUGUAGAUAAGCAUGGGGAAACUGAUCCAGGGCUUCUGCGAGGCCAUCCCCUUCACCUGUGCCAAAAAAGUUACCAAGAGUUGACACACAUGUGGUUGAAUCAUAGUUUGUAUAAGAAAAUAGCAGAAGAAACAGAAAGGACUGGUAAAUAUGCAUGGCAUCACAUGUAGUUAUUUUUUGAGGUUUUCUCCCUCAACAGCAUUCUUUGUGAAGCUGUUUUCAUGAAUAAAAUUUGAAUAUUAGAAAAUGGUCUUCAAAUUAUACUGAUUGAUGGGAAGUUAUGAAAACGAUGUUUCUUGGGGUAUAGUAUAUUUUUAUUGUUUCUUGCUGGAUGAAUUACUUGCCCUUAAUUUAUUAUUAUAUUUGUGAUUUUUGUCAAUUAUAUCCAUCAAUGUUCAUAUUAAUUGUUAAUAUGUUUAAUGCUGUAUUUGUGAUGUUGAUCAGUAAUAUCCAAGUGAUUACUUUAGUAUUGAAAUCUCCUAAAGGGUCUUUGAAGUAAACAUUCAGAAAAUAUAGUUUUGGGGAAAUGUUCAUAGCUCCAUCUUGUCCCAGUUCUGCUAAAGAGCCACAUAAUGUGUCUUUAUACUCGUUUAGCAUAGAUGAGUUAUCAAAUUUCAAUUGCUCGCCAUGCUCUUAAACUAAAAUUUUUAGUUUGUGUCAAAAGCCUAUGUUAACAGUAGAAUAUACUAUCUUCAAUUUAUUACCAGAAAAUUGAAAAGAGCCGAGUUUUUCUGCAAUUUAUAUUUAAUUAAAAAAUGAAAGUACU